UGUGUUGCAGAUGUAGAAGCAGAGGCAGGAGCAGGAGCAGGAGCUGGAGCAGCAACAGCGGCAGCGCAGUUACAAAAGUCCUUAACAACAAAUACAUACAAAUGCACCAGCAGCGUACAUCGAUAUCCUGCUAAGUGUCGCAAAAAGUGGAACAACGCGUUAUCCAGCUUGGCAUGGAUUGGUUCCUUGCCUGGCUAACCCACUGCUAACCCAAUCAGGCAAACGUCAAGGUAGCCAGAGGCAGGCCACUGCAUCCACUCGCUGACACAAACUACCACCAUGAUGAUGAUGGCCAGGACUUCCAGGAGUACCCAACAAAAUUAGGCAACAGGAGGAGCAGCAGCGAGCGGCAGCCAUGGCGCUGGUGCACACUUACCUGGGCACCUGGGAGAUUGUGUGCUGCACCUUUGAGGGCAAGCGAGAGCUAUCCGGCCUCGAGGGCAUCAAAUUUCGGCUGGACGACACCAGCGACAUUACCUGGUACAAUGACCUGGUCAGUCCACUUCCUGAAUCAAAAGACUGCGGCGGCGGACCACUCUGCGAAUCGGCGAGUGUUCUCUUCAGCUGCGAGACCUUCGAUGUUCACGAACUGAAUCCUCGCCUGGUCUUUGGAGCCUUUGCCGGUCACAGCAUUGAGUUUAGCACCAACACCUUAACGCCGACUGAUACGCUGGUGCUUAGCUGCGAGAACUGGUAUGCCGUGGAGUGCAAGCGACUGCAGGAUGGCCAGGCAGCUGGCCAAGAGAAGCAGCUCAGCUUUGGCGAGGCCCUCCAAGAAUCCUACUUCAGCGAUGUGGUGGUUAAGAGCUCCGGCGGCAUGGACUAUGCCCUGCAUGCCUCCAUCCUCCGGCUCAAUGGCUUUGACUGCAGCAUGUGCGUGAACAGCGCCCCGCCCUCGGCCACUGUGCGUCCGCCGGUGCGAAGCUGCCACAGCGGACCGAACACGCCCAAUCCCAUUAGGAUCUCUGUGGCUCCAGCCUUGGAACAGGGAGGCGGAGAGCCGGAGAAGUGCCUGCCCCGCCUGAAUCUCUCGCCCAUUUAUCUGCAACCGCCGUGUGACUUUCAAACCGGCAGCCUGGGCCUGGGAGCACAGCGUGGCCACCAGUUUAGCAGCAGCUUCAAUUGCCUGAGCAAUGGGAAUGCCGGUGACACGGGCUCGGACUCGCCGGCAGCGGUGGGCAAGGCGGGGCUGCUCAGCCUGGAGUGCGGCGGCGGCGGUGGAGGUGGUGGAUUGUAUCGCCUAACGCCAACCUCGCACUCGGAUUCGCAUCUGGAGACCUCGCAGUCGUCGCACUGCAAGAACAUCUUCAAUUUCUGCCAGGAUUUGAUGCUGCAACCAGCAUCCACGCCACUGAAUCCAAGCGGCGGAUUGGGUGGCAGCAGCCUGGCUGUGUGCAGCAUCCGGCGCCCACCAUUGUCACCCUAUCGGGCACGAAGUCCAUCGCCAUUUCCCAGCUCCAUGGACACGCCGCCCUCAUCACCACUAACGCCAGUGGGUGUGCUAUGCAACCUCCCGACAUUCCUGCUGGGCCCCAUCCUCCACUGGCUGUACACGGAGUCGCUGCUGCCCGAUCUGGAUGAGGAUGUGUGCGAGAAGCUGAUUAGCUUUGCGGAAACGCAGCCAUCGCUAACCAAGCUGGUGGAGCCCACGCGCAAGUAUUUGCGACUGAUGCGUCUCAAGAAGUUUGUGGUCAAUGUCACCAUGGAUCUGCAUGACAUACUCAACCGGGUGAUACAGUGCAUCAAUCCUUUGAACAUCACCCAUGAGCCGGCUUUGCUUUAUGCCACGUUUCAGGAUGCCCUGCGUGAAUGCGCCAUUGGUUGCGCCAAGGUGCUGCAGUUCUGCAAUAUCUUCAUCACGGAUGCCACGCACAUGACACGCUACCAGAAGAACGAGAUUGUCAAGUAUGUCCGGACCCGCAUACCCAUUUUCAUGUCCCAAACCCAACAGCUGCUCCGCAACGUUCUGGGAGUCUUUGUGGGUCUCAGUGGCGAUGAGAAGGCCGAGUUGGUGAACUAUCUUGUACCUGAAAUCGAAUCAACCUUAUUUGUAUUGACCGCUGUGAUAGAAGAAAUCAAAAACUCAUUGGAAAUCAUGUGUAAAGACCUUAAAUGUUCCCACUUGGAUUUGCCACUGCAGCAACAGCAGGAGGACGAGGCCAUUGUCAUGCAGUUGCAGUUUCCCGAUGCCGGCGAUCCUUCGCCACGUCCUCGUCGCGGUGCACCCAUUGGUCUAACGCUCUACGACGACAAUCUGACGGACAAACAACGCCUCAGCUCUGCGGAAAAUGAUCUCAAAUUUGUGCUCUACAUGUACGAAGUGCGGAAAAUGCGUGACAUUUAUGGACGGAUUGUGGCAGCCCUGGAGAUAAUCAAGGACAAGAAGAGCACCUACUGCGACAUGGACUUUCUCAGCAAGAGCAGUACCAUCAACCAAAAUCUGGAGCAGCUGAUCAUGGACAUUCCCGCCUACAUUUUCAUAGUGGAGAACCUCUCGGACCGACUGGAUGACAAGCUGGGCUGGAAGGAGUUCAAGUUCUGCUUCAAGCUGGCCACCAGUCAAAUAAAUGGUGUCAUUGCCAAGUUGCUGGAUCACAAGGCCGCUCUAGGUGAUGCCAUUAGCCAGAUCUGUUUGCUGGUGCGAAAGCAGGAGUUUACACAGUCCCUCAUCGAGCUGGGCCUGCUGGACAGCUCAUGUGGUCUUUCGGCCAACUUGAAGGUGGCCGAUCAUGAGAACAACCUGAAUCAGGAACUUAACGAAAAGGAGACGCUGUACUUGGAUCGAAAGCAGUACUACGACUACAAGAGCAUCAAGCUAAACCUCAUCCGACACCUCUGCGAGCCACCCAUAGCUGCCAAUAGCAAUCUCUCCAAGAACGCCCUGCGCCUGCUCCACUCCACCCAGCUGGCGGACAUGGAGUUCGAGGUGCACACCUAUGCACCAACGAAAUUGGAAACGGAUGCCACUACCCUCCAAGUGCAUAGCUUCAAGGCCCAUCGCGUGAUUGUGGCCGCCCGCUGCGAAUGGUUCAAGAAGGCGCUCAUGUCCGGCAUGCAGGAGUCCAUCAACAGAAAGGUGGUGAUAACAGACACCUCGCCGGUUAUCUUCCGGCGGCUAUUGCUCUACCUGUACGGUGCACCCAUCGACCGGACCGUUGGGGCCGAGCAGGUGUGCGAGCUAAUGCUGCUGGCGGAUCGUUACUCCAUUGAUGAUCUCAAGGAACUGUGCGAGAAUACCCUCUACUCCCUGAUUGAUGAAGACUCGGUGGUCUGCCUUUUGGGCAUUGCAGACCGGUAUAUGGCCACGGCCUUGAAGUCCAAGUGUCUCUCCUUUCUCUCGCAACAUGCACAACUGACCAAGUGUGAAAUCUUUAAGGAAUUGCCCCAGACUCUUCAACUAGAGGUUAUGGACUUGAUACACUGGUUCGGUCGCGUUUCAGAGCCAUGGAACGACAGGGGCUUUAAGCCCAGGAGCAGCUCACGCCAUAGCUUGAAGAGUCCAUCGAAGCCGCGUUCCAGAUCCCGCAAGUCAUCGCCCUCCUACAUGUGACGCCGACAAAGCGCCAUCAUUG